CAGAAGUUAGGUUAAUGACACCUGCACGGCGGUCUGACUAAUAUCUAGGGGUAAUGUGUGUGGAUUUCCGUGCACCUGGAUAUAUCCCAUUUGAUAGAGAGGCAGAGAACAAUUUAAGAAAGAGAAUAGGAAUGUCUUCGCCACCGUAUUUUAAAAAAGUUGAGGGAAUCAUAUCAGGACCUGGGUUGUUUGAACUUUUAAGAGAAGUGAUUGCUUUCUUAAUAUUAUCUAAAGAAAAGCUGAUAAUUUCUAAGGUUUUUUAUGAACGUACAGGAAAUAGAGGUUGUGGCAACGUAUUAUCAUCAUAGAUAUAUGACCGAAAGAAGUAGGAGUCUAGAAGCUCACAAAUUAUUUUAGGGCCACUAGCAUUCUCACCGUGUUCUGAAAUGAAUUUUAUAUUAGAGGGAAUGCAACGGGAGUUUACCUCAAGAACCCUUGGUUUAGAAUGUGGUCUGGAAUACCAUGAGCUAUGCGAAAGACUAAGAUUAGAACCCCUCUGGAAUAGACGUCUUAAGCUUUACCUUAUCUUUGACUGUAAGCUAACUAAUCUUCUCUUGCAUUCCUCCGAGCCAACAACGAAACCUACCGCUGUCAUCAAUUACAAUCUUAGAAAUCAUCACAACGUAGCUGCUACAGAGCACUGUCAGACUUACGUGCGGUACAACUUCUUCUUAAAUAAGUUUUCAGUCAUUUGGAAUAGACUACCAGCUAAUGUGCGUGAUGCAAACACAUUUCCAGUGUUCAUCUCCUCAGUCACCAGACUGCUCAAAGAUGACAAUGCACCUCUACGUUUGACUCUUACACCUUCUUUUUCAUCCUACAUAGAUAUUUUAAGUUCACUAAACGUGUAGUUACAAAAAACUACAAUUAUAAACUUUAAUAUUAUUGGAACUAGAUGAUAAACAUUUCUACACAAGACAGUAAUAUUAGUUCACACAUAAUAUAAAGGUUAGCAUAACGGGACUAGUUAGUGAGUGUGGCGCUAGCUGAUCAUUAGAUAUGGUGGUGGUCACUAAGGUGAAUCAUCCCAUUCUGCAGGAACAGCGAUAUACAAUUUGGAGGCUCAAGAUAUUUCUGAUUUUUAUGAGGGCUUAAAUCUUUAUCUUGAAAAAGAUAAUAAUGAACGCCUAGACAGAUCAUGCUUCUGCCUUUAAAUAUGUACCAUUCACUCAGCCUAUUGUUGAGAUGCGACCACGCGGGAUCUGCACAGAUUUAUGAGGCAUCUUAUAAAUUAACUUGCUGUCCAUUGUCAGAUCUUUAAAUACCACUUCACAAUGUCUUAUCUCAUUUAUUCUCAAAUAACGUCUUUACUUAAAAAUAAAUUUACUUAGGAGAAUAAAUAAAAAAUAAAAAUAAAAAAUAAUAAUAAAAAAGAAAUAGAAUACAAUUGGUGGAUGGUGGCUAGCAGUGGAAUCCAGGAUGCGCAUUUCGUCCUAUUUGGGACUCGUCAGCUGGAUGUACCUGCAUUUCUCAGUGAGUGAUGAUGUUCCCAUCGAGGCUCGAACCCAGUACCCAUAGUUUCAAACGCCAAAGGGUUAUCCACUAGACCACUUGGGUCACGAGAGCCACCUCUUGUGCGACGGGUCAUAUUAAUUAUUGAAUUGAAUUUUUGAUUUUCCCGUCGAUUGAUUGGACCGAAGUGCUCGGUCUCAGGUUGACAUGUCGGCUUCUUGUGCAGAUGCUUCGACGAUGUCCGGGCAUUUAGUUAGUAUACAAUUGGUGGAUUCAAUUCAAAAAGAAAUAGAAGUUGAAAAUUACCUAAAGCCAAGGUUUAG